UUAAAGUCACUGGUGUUAGUUUUAUAUAUUUAGCAUCUUCGUGAUACAGGCUGACACCCACAGCAACCUCGGCCAUUAUAGCUACUUCUCUGAAAGUAAAAAUGUCUUUGUCAGCUACAUGGAGCAGGUCAGUCUUUGCCAAACGCAAGAUUCUGUGUACUUUGAGGCGAACCUGUCUGUUUUUUUCAACUACUGACGCUAUUCAAGCUGACCAGAGGAAACCAUCAUCAAAGAAACAGUUGAGAAAACGUCACAAGAAACCUCCCGGGACUGAUGAUAUGUCCUGGGAGGAGAGGCUGGCUGAUGUGGUCACCCCUCUGUGGAGGCUCAGCUAUGAUGAGCAGCUUGAGCUCAAGCAAAAGCACCAGGAAAGCAUACUGUCUCAGCUCUGCGGGUACCUCUCAGGUGAUUUACAAUCUCAAUCCUCAUCAGCUGUCACAAGUAAACUCAGGAUACCUGUUCUGCCUAUUCUGCCAUCGCCAGUGAGGGAAGGCUACCGCAACAAGUCUACGUUUUCUGUCAACAAAGGAGUGGAUGGAAAUCCAAAAACAGUUGGAUUUUACAUGGGCACAGGCAGGGAGAGAAACAUUGUCUGCAUCAAUGGAGACCACCUGCUCAACAUACCGGAGAAGCACAAACUGGUUGCCAGGUGCUACCAGGACUUCAUCCGCCGGUCUUCCCUGGAGCCCUGCCUGCUGUUUCACACUGGCGGUCACUGGAGAGAGGUCACAGUGAGGACCAACAGAGAGGGCCACACUAUGGCUAUCGUGUACUUUCACCCACAGACGCUCACCCCAGAAGACGUGGCGGUCCAUAAGGCUGACCUGGUGGAUUACUUUACGCGUGGACCUGGAUCAGUCUGUCAGCUGGACUCGCUGUUCUUUCAGGAGACCACCAUGACUCGCUGCAGUCAUGAGGAAUCCCCCUACCAGCUCCUGCAUGGUCAGCCACACAUAUACGAAGAGCUGCUGGGCUUUAAGUUCCGCAUCUCUGCUGAUGCCUUUUUCCAGGUGAACCAGGCAGCUGCUGAGGUGCUGUACGACACAGUGAGAGACCUGUGUGUCCCAAACCAGGAGGAAUGUCAGGGAGGAGGAGCUAAAGUUGGCGGUACUCUCCUCGACGUGUGCUGUGGGACAGGUGCCAUCGGUAUCACUGUAUCUCCCAGAGUGGACAGAAUUAUUGGUAUAGAGCUCAUAGAACAGGCAGUGGAGGAUGCCAGACACAACGCGGCUCUCAGUAAUGUGCUGAACUGUGAGUUUAUCCCUGGGAAGGCGGAGGUGGUGCUUCCCGGCCUUAUGUCUCAGCUGAGCUCCACAGGCGGAGGCGUUGUGGCAGCUGUGAUAAACCCUGCUCGAGCUGGCCUGCACCACAGAGUUGUCCGAGCCUUACGAAACCAACCUGCUGUCCGAAAGCUGGUCUAUGUUUCCUGUAAACCGGAUGGAGAAGCUAUGAGGAACUUCAGGGAGCUUUGUUGUGCUCCUGACCCACAGAAGAAACUCACAGGAGAGGCAUUUUCUCCAACUCUAGCCGUGCCUGUGGAUAUGUUCCCACAUACUCCUCAUUGUGAACUGGUGCUGCUUUUUGAGAGGUAGCAAGUACUUCUUGUUCAGAGGUGGGCUGAAACCCUUCAGCUACAAUAACUUUGGUUACUUUAGAAAGCUGUUGAGAGCUGAGUAUGAUAUACUGUAUGCCAGAUAAUGUUUCUAACCACCUACUGUACUUACUGUAAUAAUCUUGCACUCAUGGUUCACCCACACAGGUGUUUUCAACUAUUUUCUUAAGGGCUGCAACAAGUAAUUCAAUUAAUUUGGUAAUUCUUUUGAUUUAUCCUUUGGUGUAUAAAAUGUCAGAAAAUAGACAUUUUCAAGUUGCUUGUUUGGUCCGGCCCAAUACUCAAAGAUAUUACAUUUUCAGGCUGCAAUGAUUAGUUAAAUUAUCGAUUAGUCCGUUGAAAGACAAUGAAUUGUCUAUCUUGAUAAUCAGUUAAUCCUUUCAGUCACUUUUCAAGCAGUUUGCUGUUUCCAGGUUCUUAAAUGUAAGGAUUUGCUGCAUUUCUUUGUACUUGUGAUAGUAAAUGAAGAGUCUUUGGAAUUUGAACUGUUGGUUGACUAAAGAAGCAAUCGGAAGAUGUCACUUUGGCCUCUGGUAAGUUUUAAUAGGCAUUUUUUAGAAUUUGACAUUUUAUAGACUGAACAAUUAAUCGUUAAACUAGUCUGUAGAUUGAAAAUGAAUAUAAUCGUUAGUUGCAGCCCCAUUCACUUCAUAAUCAUAUAAAACAGAGAAACCUGCCAAAUACCUACAUCAGAGAGGCCGGAACCAGCAAAUAUUGCUGUGAUGGACUAAUCGGCAUUGACAAACUACCAGUGGACUAAUUAAGAAGAAUGAUUGAAGGCACUUGUGUGGGACAGUAUAAUGGAAUCUAGUAGAAGAGCCCUUACAGCAUAUGUUUAAAUCGUUGAGACUAUGUCAAAGAGAUGUUGAUUUGAUGCUGCUGGAAUUUUUGGUUCUAUAUGCAGUCUGACCAUAACUAUGAAGAUCCCACUUUGCUGCAAGUAGUAGUGCAUGUCUUAGUCUGCCCUGCAGUAGCUACGUUUGUGCAGUAGAUGGUGCCAUUACAACUUGUUUGGAGCCAUCCUGCUAGGAAACAUCCCAUCCAUUCCAGUUCAUUAAAGGUCAUAACGCAAUGAUUGUUCACUAUGAGGAGUCAAGUUUUAUUCCUGAGAGUUUACCACAGUUUACAUGAGCUCACACAUUGCGACAAUGCGGCCUUGGCUGAUAGGAUGUUCCUUUAUCUCUUGAGUGACAUAAUGGGAUAGUGAUACUCAUGGACAAAAUCAUGGGUUGCUAGUGUUAGCAGAAACACUGGGAAAUGAUUUUUUUGGGGGUUUUUUUGUACCCCCACAACACUCCCAGGGUGUAAUGAGCAGUCUCAUGUUUGACUCCUUACAGGAAAAAAAUCUGUUCACAAUGUUAUUUAUUCACCAA